UUUUUCUUUGUCCUCGCCUUCGCAUAGAUUUGGUCGUAUAUGACUUUGAUAUUUGCCGGCAUGUUGUUUGUGUGUGCGUUCGUGUUGACUAUGUGCAUCCUAACUUUGCAGAAGCUGAGUGUGUGCUCAUUCUGUUUGUAUCCUCUUGAUGCUCCAUUUUAAGCUUAAAAAACCAUCAUUUAUCAAAAAAAAGUUAUUUCAAGAAAAAUAUUAGUUUUUCACAAAAGUAUGGUCAAAAUUAGUUGGUAACCCCUCCAAGUGUAGCAGCGACAAAGACACCACGAAAAUGUGCACGCUAUGUACACAUUAGCUGUUAGUAGUCUGCUCCAAAAAUAAUGGAACAGCGGAGUGACAAGGUUUUGCAUACGAAAGAGUAUAUAUGCAGUGUAAACGAGGAGAGACCGAGAGAGGCUGCAGAUGGCGAAGCUCGAAGGCGGCAGCAAGGAUGUUGACGAAGCUAUGGAGAGGUGGCACAACCGUUCCUUGGCCCACCGGCUGUACGACGCCUUCACCGUAGCCGGCCUCCGCGUUGAGGCCGUCGAACCCGGCCACCUCCUCUGCUCCUUCAUGGUCCCUCCUCGCCUCACGUCGAGCGCCAGCAACCGCAUGCAUGGAGGCGCGGUGGCGUCGCUGGUGGACCUGGUGGGGUCUGCGGUGAUCUUCGCCGGCGGCUCGCCGGUGACUGGGGUCUCGCUGGAUAUCAACGUCUCCUACCUGGGCGCCGCCCGUGCAAACGAGGAGAUCGAGAUCGAGGCUCGGGUGCUCGGCAUCGGCGACAAGACAGGGUGCGUGACCGUGGAAGUGAGGAGGAAGGACACCGGCCAGGUGCUCGCGCACGGCCGCCACACCAAGUAUCUCGCCAACGUCUCCAGUAAACUCUGAGGGUCCUUCCAUGCGUGGAUUCAUCGCUCGCGCACGGCCGCUAUCAUGGACGCAUAAAACGGUUGUCUUUGCUAGCCAACUAUGUUGAUGACAGUGGUUAUUCUACCGAGCACGGGAUAUUCCAUGCGUGGAUUCAUCGCUCGUCAUUGCUGUUAUAUUCGUGCUAGUGGUUAUCAAAAUUUAUGUCGUUUCAAAAUGUUUUGUUUGGCUUUUUUUUUUUGUUUCAACAUGUAUCAUCACGUUUCAUUGUGUAUCAAUAAAAAAUAAUGCAUGCCCGCAAAAAAAAAAGAAUGCACUUGUUCUGGAUCAGCUUCGCUGAUACACGAUGUCACGGUGAAACAUUAAGACACAUUUGGAAC